AUGGAAUGCUGUGGAAGAUACAACAUCACCCAGUGGGAAAAGAAUAAAAAUAAAAAAAAUAGUAGUGAGAUCCCAUGUUCGUGCACAAAAUCUAGUCUGAAGAAAUUGUUUUGUGAUGUCCCAGGGAAUUCAACAUAUCAUAUGGGUUGUGAAGAAUAUUUAGAUACGUGGUUUGAAAACACUGUUUUGAUCUUAACUGCAAUUAAUGUUGUCCUGCUAAUUAUACAGAUUUUUGUCAUCACACUAGCAGCUCAGCUGUUUAGAAACAUCAAGAACAAUAAUAUUUGGUCAAAAGAACCAUAA